AUGUUUAAUCUAUCAUCAAUAUGGGAAACGAAAGAUUUGGUAAAAGAAUUUCGAGCACACGUUCAACAAUCCAUGUUAGAUGAAAAAAGUGCAUGGAGAUGGAUUUAUUGGGCAAUUAUGAAUAUAACAGAAUCUGUCCGAUCUUUAUCUGCAUGGCCACCAAGACAAAAAGAACAAACAAGAAAUCAAUUGCAUCAUACAGAAUCUGAUUAA